GGAAGUGACGAGAUCACAAGCGGGAAACACAACAGCAUCGGUCGGCAUGACAACUGUAGUAGUAGUAGUAGCAGCGAGCAGCAGAAGAGGUCAGGAGGAACAAGGAGAACGAACGAAGAAGAGAAAAUGGCGAGCAGAAGCUUGCACUUCUGGAGCAAUGAAGAGACAGAGUUCAUGCUCAUUCAGCUUAAGGAGUUGAAUAUAUUAAAAUGCAUGGACGGGAGAAAAACGCGCAAUGGAGACCUCUUCAAGAAAGUGGAGGAACGGUUGGCCAGCGCAGGCUACAGGAGGACCUCGGAGCAGAUCCGUGUACGCUGGAAGCACAUGAAACAGGCUUAUUUUAGAGCCAAGAAGAAUAAUCAGACAAGCGGGCAAGCUCCUCAGUCAUGCCCUUUUGCAGACAGCCUCGAGGAGCUGCUUGGACGCCAACCUUUGUCGCAAGCCACUGAAAACGGUGUGGACAUCGGAUUCACUCCUCAAUCAGAGCCUUGUUCCUCGGAGAAUGAUGCUGAAACCACUGUGAGUGAUGCAGAUGUCCUGAAGACUGAGGUGCACACAGAAACCGCGCCCUUAAGUCCAGCAGAAUCUCCUUUGUCUCCUCAAUCACCACCAAAUAAAAGUGGCAAGAAAGUAUCCCGGGGGGAACAAAUAGUGAAGGACGUGAAAGAGUUUUUUAUUGAAAUGGACAGAGAUUUUGAAGAAAGGGAGCGCCUUCGUCUCCAGGAGCAGAGGCAACAUGAAGAGCGCUUGAGGAAGGAGGCAAAAGAGGAGGAGAGAGAAGAGAGGGCCAGGCAAAUGGCCAUGUUUAAAGAAUUACUAGAAUCUCAAAAUAAUCUGCUAAGAGAACUCUUGCGGCGAAUCCCGUCACCAACGCCACAGCAGCUUACCCAGUUUAAAAACAGUGGUGAACCUGAAACCACUUCAAGUGUUGCAAACAUCCCAGAGACCAGGGAGGGCACAAACCUCAUACCCAGUAAUCAUGCAGAAUCUCCUCAAUCACCACCAAACAAAAGGGUGAAGAAAGUAUCACCAGAGGAACAAAUAGCAAAGGACAUGAAAGAGUGUUUUUCAGAAAUUGCCAGAACCUUGGAGGAGAGGGAACGGCUUCGGCUCCUGGAGCAGAGGCAGCAUGAAGAGCGCUUGAGAAAGGAGGCAAAGGAGGAAGCACGAGAAGAACGGGCUAGACAAGUGGCAAUGUUUAAGGAGAUGCAGGAGUCUCAGAAUGGCCUACUACAGGAACUCCUGAGGCGUAUGCCUUCACCAACAUUACAGCAGUUAAACUCGUCUAAGUACUGGCACUCGGGCAAUCAGUCUAGGUUCAGUACAGACACUGCUGGAAAUGGUAACAUACAAAACACCUCCGAACAGGACAUGAUUUUUAACUCGCUUUCAUCCACGUCCUUCAUGGAGUAAUGACCAGGAAGUUGGGGCGCUUUUUUUUUUGUACAUUAUAUGUAUUUAUUAGUCAUUUUAUUGGAGAUGUGUCUCAUGCAUUUUGUUACUACUCUCUUAUGAAGAGUCUGAACCCAACUGAAUUUGUGUAAUGGUACAAUUUGUUACCACAUUUUUUAUAUAUUUUAAAAAUGAACAAUUUGUCAUUUAUCACUUAUUACUGUCAUUUUAAAGCAAGUGGUAGCUUUAAACAAACAUUUCUUUAGUCAGUGACCGAUGACACUGCCAGCAGAAACACAGUGAAUGUAUGAACAGUCCUAGUAAAAAAGGUUUGUUUUUUUUUAAGUAGGUCUGUGAACAGUAGAUUAACUGUACAUGUAUUAGAAAGAAAAGUGACCUUUACAAAUGAUCAAAAAAAUAAAUAGUUUUGAGAA